CCGUGAAAAUUCAAGAAGGAUCAGAAAUGGGCUGUGCCUCUCUCUUCAGAAUUAUCAGGCAAUUUCCGAUAUCAGUUCUCCUUUACUGAAGAUACACAACUAGAAACGAGUUUAACGUUACACUCUGAGUGGUUUCCUAACUUGAAGUAAGAUAAGGUUGUAUCAAUAUGUAAGAGGUGCUUCAUUCCAGCAGUAGCCCACAAUACUAUACAGCAAAUAACUUGGGUAUUGUCUGAUCCCGCUCGGCUAUAAUGCACGACAUCAUUCGCGGCAGCAGUGGUCGAUGGAAAUUUUGGUUUUCCAUGAGUUGCCGGACUUUCGCGAUUCGUGUUGAUGCAGCACCAAAUAGAAAGCUACCACAGGAUGAACGACAACUUGAAUUUUAACGUUUUAUCGAAUGCCCAGCAGACCUUUCAAACGUUAGGCUAUGGAUUGCCACAAGGAGGCUUACAACCAAAUGUGCAGUAUGUUUGCAGUUCGGGGUUUCAGUUUCAAAAUGGUGUUCCAGGAAUGGACUUCUCAUUUCCCAAUCAGCAGCUUGUUUCAACAGCAGGGCAAACCUACACCUGCAUUAACCAGAAUGGGUUGACAUAUUUGGCAAUCACACCAAGUGUUCAGCAACCAUCAACUCAUUGUUAUCAAGCAAUUGAGACACCUCAGGGUCUGCAAUUGUUUCAAGUGAUCAACAACCCAGUAAACUUUGGUCAAUUAUGUGUUCAAAGUAUUCCACAAGCUCAAGGUUUUCUUCCCCAGUUCACACCUUAUCCUCAAGAAGCUGUUGGUUUGCAUUCAAAUGCUCCAGAAGAUUCAGGUAACCAAAUGUCUACACCACCUUUGCAGGAAUAUCAAGAGAACAAUUCCAUUCAAGAUUCAAACACUACAACAGAACAAAACCUUUACCAAGAUUAUGAAUUUGAACAAACAGAUGAAGACACACCUGAAGAUACAAACAGUCUCAAAGAGUCCCAAGAUUCUGAGAUCAAUAAAAAUCUCCCAAUGGGUGAAGAUCCAUUAAGUGCACUCACUUCCCUGACAUCGUCAAUAUCUUCGUCAGUGACACAUGUCCCAAGUUCAAACAUGAUUGAUAUGUAUAGAAAUAUCCAAAACUCCAUGGUCCCUCAUAUUUCAGUGCCACCUCUUGGCAAUCAGCUGGGGGCUCAUGAAGCACCUACUCUCUCUGAUCAGCAGUUUCCUCCCAACACACGAACAUUUCAGGUUUUGGUCCCGACACCACAAGGAAUGGCUAUUCAGACUGUCGUAGCCAGCUACCCAGAGAGCUUCUCGCCAAUAAUUAAUGAAUUACCAUUUGUCGGAAACACUCCCUUAAAUUCGGAACCUGAUUUAACCACAGAUGUGGUAACUAUGCCUGCACCGAAAUCUUCAAAAUCUAUACUCCCUGAUACCAGUCAAGCCAGCCAAGAAAGUGCUUCUAUCGCACCUACAAACCGAUUGGUAAAUGAUCCCGUCAUCGUGUCCGCCCCAGCUAUUCCGGCAGUUCAAGUAAAAUCGGUUACUAGUCCGUCUCACUGUACCAACGCAAACAACCAGGAAAUGUGUUCCGAAUCGGAAUCUGCUGCAACCUCACCUGUGCCCAAAGCCACCCAAUCAAUUCCGGGACCUAUGCCUUCUCCGCAUUAUUUACCGGACUCAACCGAAGAUCUUUGCCAAACGACGAUAAAACAGUUUACGUCUAAUGUAGUUGACGGCAUAGAUUUGGAAGAGAUUCGUGAGUUUGCACGAACCUUCAAAAUGCGCCGGCUAGUUUUAGGGUUGACGCAAACUCAGGUUGGUCAAGCUCUUUGUGCCACGGAAGGCCCAGCAUAUAGUCAAUCGGCAAUAUGCAGGUUUGAGAAGUUGGACAUCACUCCACGCAGUGCCUUAAAGAUUCGGCCAGUGCUUGAAAAUUGGCUACGUGAGGCGGAAAAGAAACAUCAGCAGGGGAAUCUGCAACAGAUCGCUGGACUGGAUUACAUUAACAUUUCGUCCAUCGGGAAGAUCCGUAAACGACGGACUUUCUUUAGCCCAGAAGCACUGGUGGUACUCAAUUGCCGAUUCGAACAAAGUUCUCAUCCGUCAGGACGGGAAAUCAGUAAUAUCGCUCAAGAGAUCGGUUAUGAGCGUGACGUUGUCCGCGUUUGGUUUUGUAACAAACGCCAAUCGCUAAAGCAUUGCCAGACGUUCCAGCGGAGUCGCGUUAAUCUCAAAUCGUCCGAUUCAAAUGGACAAGACAGCCGCUCAACGUCACCGAUCCCGCAAUGAAACUUUAUAAAGAUAAUCGUUUUCAUUUUUACGUUUAAUUCUUUUUCAGAAGUUCCUCGUUAUUAUUUAAUUCAUGUUUUUUUUCCCCUACCAGUGCCGUAAUGUCGUGUUAUUUGCAGCAGACGUUUGUCGUUGUUUGUUAAUUCUGUAGAGAGCAAUCCCGGUCAGAUUAUCUUUGGGGAUGUUACAUCCUUGCUAUGGUCAAGUCGCACAAAGACAGAGCAGCCAAAUAAUUCUCAGUGAAUCCUUCCAUUUUGUGUUCAUUAGAUAUCAGCUAUUUUUUAACUACAUAUUUCACUUGCCCUUUCCUGAAAACCUUUCUCGUUCUUUUAGGUAACGAGGUAGCAAAACAAACAAAUAAAGGGAACUGAAAUCGAAA